UAUCACUGAGGGCUACACGCUUUAGUCUGCAACUUUCUGUUAGCCACAGUUAGCAUUACUUUUUCUUUCUUUUUUUUUAUUAUCUCGAACAGCCAUUCUCACAAGGAAAAAAUGCCUUCGCUAAACGGAAACCCCGAUGUUAUGUUUGAGGACGAUGAUCUGCCUUAUGAAGAGGAGAUUAUCAGAAACCCAUACUCAGUCAAGUGCUGGAUGCGUUACAUUGAAUUUAAACAAAACGGAGCCAAAUCCACCCUCAACAUGAUAUAUGAAAGGGCCCUAAAAGAGCUGCCUGGCAGCUAUAAACUUUGGUACAAUUAUCUGAGAGAGAGACGUAAACAAGUCAAAGGGAAAUGUGUCACUGAUCCAGGCUAUGAAGAGAUCAAUAAUUGCCAUGAGAGGGCACUGGUGUUCAUGCAUAAGAUGCCCAGAAUAUGGCUUGAUUACUGCCAGUUCCUCGUGUCCCAGUGCAAGAUCACAAGAAGUCGGCAAACAUUUGACCGUGCGCUCAGAGCUCUCCCUGUUACUCAGCAUCCACGCAUCUGGCCUCUGUAUCUCCGCUUUGUCCGUAACCUGCCCCUGCCUGAGACUGCCAUCCGGGUGUACCGCAGGUACCUUAAGCUAUCUCCAGAGAAUGCAGAGGAGUAUAUUGACUACUUACGGUCUGUUGGCCGCUUGGAUGAAGCAGCUGUGCGACUUGCAGCUGUUGUCAAUGACGAAAGCUUUGUGUCCAAAGAGGGCAAGUCUAACUAUCAACUGUGGCAUGAGCUCUGUGACCUGAUCUCCCAGAACCCUGAUAAAGUGACCUCUCUCAAUGUUGGGGCCAUCAUUCGAGGAGGCCUCACUCGCUUCACAGACCAACUUGGAAAACUCUGGUGCUCUUUAGCUGACUAUUACAUAAGGAGUGGUCACUUUGAGAAGGCUCGUGACGUGUAUGAGGAGGCAAUCCUUACAGUGGUAACAGUAAGGGAUUUCACACAAGUGUUUGAUAGCUAUGCCCAGUUUGAAGAGAGCAUGAUUGCAGCAAAGAUGGAGACCACUUCUGAGAUGGGGAAGGAUGAAGAUGAUGACGUAGACAUGGAGCUAAGACUGGCACGCUUUGAGCAGCUGAUAGCCCGACGGCCUCUGCUGUUGAACAGUGUACUACUGCGGCAGAAUCCUCACAAUGUCCACGAGUGGCACAAGCGGGUAAAACUGUAUGACGGCAAUCCACGGCAGAUUAUCAACACGUACACGGAGGCAGUGCAGACUGUGGAUCCAAUGAAGGCCACGGGGAAGCCUCACUCUCUCUGGGUUUCCUUUGCUAAGUUCUAUGAGGAAAAUGAGCAGCUGGAUGAUGCCAGGACAAUUUUUGAGAAGGCCACCAAGGUGAACUACAAGCAGGUGGAUGACCUUGCUGCGGUGUGGUGUGAAUACGGAGAGAUGGAGCUACGCCAUGAGAACUAUGAACAGGCACUGCGCAUACUGAGGAAAGCUACAGCCAUCCCAUCAAAGAAAGCAGAGUACUUUGAUGCAUCUGAGCCAGUCCAGAACAGAGUUUACAAGUCCUUGAAGGUCUGGUCUAUGCUGGCGGACUUGGAGGAGAGUCUCGGCACAUUCCAGUCUACAAAAGCAGUGUAUGAUCGCAUCAUUGACCUCCGCAUUGCCACGCCACAGAUCAUCAUCAACUAUGCCAUGUUCCUUGAAGAGCACAACUACUUUGAGGAAAGCUUCAAGGCAUAUGAGCGUGGCAUUGCUCUCUUCAGGUGGCCGAACGUUUAUGACAUCUGGAACACGUACCUCACCAAGUUCAUUGAUCGUUACGGGGGCAAGAAGCUGGAGAGGGCUAGAGAUUUGUUUGAACAAGCCUUAGAUGGCUGUCCUGCCAAGUUUGCCAAGACCAUUUACCUGUUGUAUGCCAAAUUGGAGGAGGGAUACGGAUUGGCACGCCACGCCAUGGCUGUAUAUGAAAGAGCAACACAGGCAGUAGAAACUGAGGAGAGACAUCACAUGUUCAAUAUCUACAUCAAGAGAGCAGCUGAAAUUUAUGGGGUCACGUAUACCAGGGCAAUUUACCAGAAAGCUAUUGAGGUCCUUCCUGAUGAGCAUGCAAGGGACAUGUGUCUGCGAUUUGCUGACAUGGAGAGUAAACUUGGCGAGAUUGAUCGCGCCAGAGCAAUCUACUCCUACUGCUCCCAGAUCUGUGACCCAAGGGUGACUGCAAACUUCUGGCAGACCUGGAAAGAAUUUGAGAUCCGCCAUGGAAAUGAAGACACGAUUAGAGAGAUGCUGAGGAUCAAACGCAGUGUCCAAGCCACAUACAACACACAGGUCAACUUCAUGUCCUCUCAGAUGCUGAAGGCCACAACAAGCUCCACAGGCACAGUGUCAGAUCUCGCUCCAGGCCAAAUGGGAAUUGAUGACAUGAAGAUGCUGGAGCAGAAAGCACAACAGCUUGCUGCUGAGGCCGAACAAGACAAACCUAAGCCCAAAGAGAAGAUCCUCUUUGUCAGGAGUGACACAUCUCGCAGUGAGUUGGCUGAACUUUCGAAACAAGCCAAUCCUGAUGAGAUCGACAUUGAUGAUGAUGACGAAGAUGAAGACGACGAAGACCAGGGACCAGAGGAGGUGCAGCUUGAACAGAAGAGUGUCCCCACAGCUGUCUUUGGAGGGCUUAAAGAUGACUGAGAGAUGCCUUCUGUACUGAUCUCUUCUGUAGAAAUUGAGUAGGCUCCAUUUUUAAGUUUGUGUUAUUGCCUUUUUGUAUCCAUUUUGUUUUAAUAGAAACAGACACGAUUGAAAAACUGAAUGGCAGCAUUAGGCCCCUUGUGUAUUUCUGUAGUACAAUGUACAAGAUAGGAACUAUUACUAGUAUUGGCCAUAUGGUGUCAGUCUUUCUCAAGUUUGAAGUUUGAGAUAAUUGUGACACGGAGGAGAUUUCUGCAAUGAAUUUCUAAAGCAGGCGCAUAAUAACUGCAACUGUAGUUUAAUGUGAUUUGACUUUUUCUCCGAACAACGUUUUGUAAAAUUGACAGUAAAAACACUGUUUUAAAUAAAAGCUCUUUCUCUAACAGGAAGCCUGUCCUAGAAAACAGAGGGGAGGAGCAUAGUUUUUUCAACAGAAGGCAUUCAUUUGAAAGUGGAGCUGAGCAUUCAAGCCUCACAUUGUUGGCUUGAGGAUCAGUAGUAGGUGGGUACCUUGCAAAAAAUUAAUGAUCAAGAAAAAAUGUUAUAACUUGAAACAUACUGUGGCUCCAUUCAAAUAUCAGUAACCCUGCAGUAAGUUCCUAAUGCCCAUUUUUGUGAUAGAUGCAGGUGUUUAUUUGGUUUGCUGAUCAUUUUUGAGGCUUAAGGUAUCAAUGCUGUAAGAUGAAUUUCAGUCUUUUGGGGUCUGACCCAACACAGUCUGACAGUUUUGGGUAUGAAACAACAUUUUCAAAGUUAUCCUUAUGCCAGUUUAUCAGUGUUUGUGAAUUGUGCACCAGUGAAUCUAAAUGACCAGCUGGUCUCUUUGAAUGUCUGAAACUUUCUUUAUAUUGUCUGGAAAAUACAGUUGUAAUAAAAAAAUGAUUUAAACUUGU